AACUGUACUUUUGUUUUCUUUACGACCAUUUUUUUUUUAAACGAUAAGAAAAUAAUAUUUCAGUUUCAAUAAUAAUGGCAAACUUACUUCAUUACAGUGGAGGAUUUUUUGGUUUCCUCAUCUUUAUUCUCGAUAUUUUUGCCAUCUAUGAAGUUUUCAAAAGUGAACGCACUUCAGCAGGAAAACUUCUCUGGACUUUACUUAUCUUCUUUUUCCCAGUCUUUGGAUUGAUUUUUUAUUACUUCUUCUCUGAACGUAAAAGAUAUAAUACCGAAUAUACAAUUACUUAUCAAACUAUACCUUGAAUUUGACAUAAUUUAUAUAAAUAAUUUAAUAAGCUGUUUUCUUUUUUUUACACAAUACUUAUUAUAUAUAUAUAAUUAGCUUUUUUUUUUAUGUCAGAAUUAUAAAUUAUUUUUGUGCUCUGUUCUUAAAAUAAAAAAAA